GCAGUAAGCUUCUAUGCUAUCUCACUAUCACUCUCUGCAACAACCCUUCCCAAUUGCCAUGUCUGCCAUUUAUUUCUCUACUCCUUCUUCUUCAUAUUAUCAUCAUCCAUUUCCAACCACUAAUCCUCAACGCGUAACCCUACUCACCCGAAUUUCCUGCGUCUCCAACCCAACCCGUCCGAUUAGGAAGCAAACGACAGACCAAUCCGAAACCCAAGAACUGGUUCGUUUGCUCACUCGGAAGAUAACCGACAAAGAACCAUUGCUCAAAACAUUGAACAAGUACGUCAAGGUUGUCAGAACCGAACAUUGUUUCUUGCUCUUUGAAGAAUUAGGAAAACACGAUAAAUGGCUUCAAUGCCUUGAGGUUUUCAGAUGGAUGCAGAAACAAAGAUGGUAUAUUGCGGAUAACGGGGUUUACUCGAAACUCAUAUCAGUUAUGGGAAAGAAAGGGCAAAUCAGGCUGGCAAUGUGGCUUUUCUCGGAGAUGAGGAACACCGGCUGUCGCCCGGAUACUUCUGUGUAUAAUUCACUUAUUUCUGCCCACCUUCAUUCACGGGACAAAUCCAAGGCCUUGGACAAAGCUCUUGGGUACUUUGAGAAGAUGAAAGGAACGGAGCGAUGUAAGCCUAAUAUUGUUACGUACAAUAUUCUUUUGAGAGCUUUUGCUCAGGCUCGGAAUGUGGAUCAGGUGAACUCUUUGUUCAAAGAUCUUGACGAGAGUCCUGUUUCACCGGACAUUUACACUUUCAAUGGUGUGAUGGAUGGAUAUGGGAAGAACGGGAUGAUCCGAGAUAUGGAAUCGGUGCUUGCUCAGAUGAAGAGUAAUCAGGUUAAGCUUGACUUGAUUACCUAUAAUUUGCUUAUUGAUGCGUAUGGGAAAAAGCAGCAAUUUGAUAAGAUGGAACAAGUGUUUAAGAGUUUAUUGCGUUCCAAGGAGAAGCCAACACUGCCUACAUUCAACUCUAUGAUUUUGAGCUAUGGAAAGGCACGGCUAAAGGAUAAAGCCGAGAAUGUUUUCCAAAAUAUGACCGACAUGGGUUAUACACCGAGUUUUGUUACGCACGAGAGUCUUAUAUAUAUGUAUGGCUUAUGUGGUUGUGUCUCCAAAGCUGUGGAAUUGUUCGAUGAACUGAUUGAAUCAAAUGUACCGAUAAAAGUUUCUACUUUAAAUUAUAUGCUUGAUGUUUACUGCUUAAAUGGUUUGCCACAAGAAGCAGAUUCAUUGUUUGCGAGGGCGAGGAGUAUAAAAGUAGUUCCAGAUGCAUCAACUUAUAAGCUUCUUUAUAAGGCAUACACUAAAGCAAACACAAAGGUGCUUCUAGAUAAAUUGCUAAAGCAAAUGAGUAAAGAUGGUGUUAUCCCUAAUAAGAGGUUCUUCUUAGAUGCUUUGGGUGCUAUUGGUUCUUCGAGGGUAAAGUUGGGAUCUAAAAAUGCUGGAACUGAUUCAAAUAGUCCCCAAAAAAUUGUGAAAACUCAACUAGAAACAUAGUUGGCAAUUCACGCCGAGAGUUCAUCGGCCUAUCCUUUGUCUCUGGGUUCAAUUUUUGUUCACAGGUGUAAGGUAUUUUCUUCUGCACAGAGCAAUCUUUGUCUUUUGGUUGCUAUGUUCUAUGAAGAGAAUGCUUCAGACCUAACAGCUACCAAAACUAAUAAUCACUAGUUGAUUAACAAAGCCAAAAGUGUGGUCUUGCUGCUGAAAGGUGAUGAGUAAAUAUAUGUCUUACAAAUGAAGUCUUUAUCAAUGAUGAUGUUGAUUAUUCAGGUGCAAUGAUCAUCUUGAUGCAAUUCCAAGGCUGAUUUUGUAAUGUAUUAUUACCAAAAUUAUUUGGUGGAAAUAUUUGUUUUAAAAAAAAAGCAUUUGAGUAGUACUUUUAGGGACUUGAAAUAUUUGUUUAUCAGUACUUAUACAAGAAACUUUAAAUUGUUGCCAAACAUCUUAAUUUUGA